AUACGAAUGGUAGCUGGAAACUACAUCCAUAGUUUGUGGUUGUGGUCACUGUGCGAACAGGACUUUCAUCAAACACAUGGCGUUCAUGCGGGGAGAGCCGUUGAUGGCUAAGCUUGCGGUGUUGGCAAAGUACGUGGUUCUUCCUGGAGCCAUGGCCGCUGCUCUGAUCUAUUCUCCUCCACAGUACUCUAGCAAGAAAGAUCAGUCCAAGUGGAAGUUUCAUCCUUCAUCAUUUCCCGCUGAGGGGCUUUUUGACGGCUUAAAUGUGCUUGCCUAGCGUAGUGCUUUAGUAGACUGCUUGGAUAUCACUCCUAUCACUUGGACUGCUGCUCCAUCUCAAGGUAAUCUUCACACAAAGUCAUCACCAAUGGCUGAAACAAUUCUGUUCGGCUUGGCUGAGACCCUCCUUCAAAAUUUGGGCUCUCGGGCUUCUCAGGAGAUUGGAUUGGCGUGGGCUGUCAAAGAUGAAAUCCAAAAACUCAAUACCACAGUUUCAACAAUCAAGGACGUGCUUUUGGAUGCGGAGGAGCAGAGCAUCCAUAACCGCAAGAUCACAAAUUGGCUUCAAAAGCUUCAAGAUGCAAUUUAUGAUGCGGAUGAUUUGCUCGAUCAUUUCUCUGCCACAGUUUUGCAGCAACAAGUGAGGACCCAAAACAAACUGGCGAGAAAGGUAUGCAUUUUCUUUUCGAGCUCCAAUCAGAUUGCUUUUGGUCUGAAAAUGGGUCAGAGGAUUAAGGCUAUAAGGGAGAGGCUGGAUGAACUUGCAAGGGUUAAGAACCAAUUCAUCUUAACUGAUCGCCCUGCGGAGUCUAUACCACUUAAAUAUAGGCCGAGCGAGCAAACUCAUUCCUUUGUUCUUAGAGAAGAAGUUAUUGGGAGGGAAGAUGAUAAAAAUAAAAUAAUGGAUCUUUUACUGGAGAGCAAUCCCGUUGCUGUUGGAGAUAAUGUUUCAGUCAUUCCAAUUGUUGGAAUUGGGGGCCUAGGAAAGACUACUUUUGCUCAAUAUGUGUACAAUGAUGAGAAAAUUGGAGAACAUUUUGUGCUAAAAAUGUGGGUUUGUGUGUCAAAUGAUUUUAAUGUGAAGAGAAUUGUUGAAAAUGUUUUAGAAUCUUCAACUCAGAAGAAACCUGAGCGCCUUCAGAUGGAUGCACUGCAAAUUUGCCUUCGGGAAGAAAUUGGUGGUAAGAAAUACUUGCUCGUGUUAGACGACGUGUGGAAUGAGAAUUUUGGGUUAUGGCGUGAAUUAAAAAAUUUGCUAAUGGUCGGUGCAAGUGGAAGUAAGAUUAUAGUAACAACUCGAAGCCAUAGGGUUGCAGAAAUUACCGAUAUGCGGGUUCAACCAUAUAUUUUAAAAGGACUUGAUGAGGAGAGGUCCUGGGAUUUGUUUAAGAAAAUAGCAUUUCAAUCGGGUGGAGAGCUACAAAACCCAGAACAAGUGGAAAUUGGGAAGGAGAUUGUAAGAAAGUGUUCAGGUGUUCCUCUUGCCAUAAGGACUUUGGGAAGCUUGUUGUACUCCCACGAUACCAAGUACUGGUUAUCCAUUAAACAUAAAGAAUUUUCAAAUAUUGAUCAAAAAGAAAAUGAUAUUAUACCCAUCCUGAGGUUGAGCUAUGAUGACCUACCAUCAUAUUUGAAGCACUGCUUUGCUUACUGUUCAGUAUAUCCUAAAGAUUUUAAAAUUAAGAAGCGAACCUUGAUCCAACUUUGGGUGGCAAAUGGUUUUGUUCAUUCGGAGGAUGGAAACCAAUGUGCAGAAGAAAUUGGGGAUCAGUAUUUUAUUGAGCUAUUAAGGAGAUCAUUUUUUCAAGAUGUAAAAAGAAAUGAACGGGAUGAUGGUAUAAAGAGUUGUAAAAUGCAUGAUCUGAUGCAUGACCUUGCAGUAUCUGUUGCUGGGGAACGAAUUUGUAGUGGGACCUUAGAGGCAGUAAAGUUUACAGAAAAGACGCGUCACCUAUCAUUUCAUUAUGAAUCGGAAGGUUCAUUGAGGGAAAUUCCAUCUCCAUUUUUCAAUGCAGGUAAGUUGAGAACGUUUCUUUUGCCAUCCCAUUCAAUUUUUCCGAAUAUAGAAGUGAAUGAAACAUGUUGCCGAAAGCUUAUUUCGAGAUUCAGGUGCCUACGCGUGUUGGAUUUGCAUGGCCAAGGGAUCGAAAUGUUACCGGGUUCAAUUUGGAAGUUGAAGCAACUAAGGUAUCUUGACCUUUCUAGGAACGGCAAUAUGAAACGACUCCCUGAAUCUAUUACUCUCCUGGUGAAUUUACAGACAUUGAAGCUCUCUGUUUGUCGGAAACUCGAAGAAUUGCCGAGGGACAUUAAGAAUUUAGUCAACUUGGUGCAUCUUUAUUUGGAUGAUUGUAUGAGUUUGAAAGGUAUGCCACACGGAGUGGGGCAGCUGUCUUACCUUCGAAUGUUGAGUGAUUUUGUGGUGGGUGAGGAUGCAACCACAAGCAGUGGACUCAGCGAGUUGAAAGGGUUAAAUAAUCUGGAAGGGAGGUUGAGCGUUGUACUUGGGAGAAAGUUGAAAAAUGCAGCAGCAACAUCAGGAGCGAUUUUGAAGGAGAAGCAACACCUUCGAGAGCUGUAUUUGAAGUGGAAGCAAGAAAGGAAUGGGCAUGGGGAGGAGGUGGGUUAUGAUUAUGACUAUGCAUCAGUAUUGGAAAGCCUCCAGCCGCAUCCAAGUCUGAAAAAGUUGGAAAUAUUUGCGUUCGGUGGAAGAAGGUGGUCCAAUUGGAUGAUGCAUGAUAAGAUGUGCUCCCUGCUGCCAAAUCUUGUUGACAUUAGAUUGCGGGAAUGUCAUAAGUGCCAACAUCUCCCACCAUUUGGUCAGCUUCCUCAUCUGAAGUUUCUUUCGCUUUAUUUUAUGGGGUCAGUGGAGUACAUGGAGGAGAGUUGGAAAGAAUACAAGUCGUCAACGAACCCCCCGUCUAACAAUGUGGACUCCUAUUGCUGCCUGCCCUCAAUAUCAGCAGCAGCAGCAACAGAAGAAAAUGCAAAUUUUGUGACAGGGCGACCAUUCUUCCCUGCCCUUGAAGAACUUCGGCUCUCCCUUAUGGAAAAUUUGAAGGGAUGGUGGAGGGAGGAAGUGGCAGAUAGUGGUACUGCUACUGCUACUGCUACUGCGAUUGGUGGUGUGAGGCAACAACAGCCACUAUUAGUAGCACCAUUAUUGUCAUUUCCCCGUCUUAUGAAAUUGGAGAUCAGAGAAUGCCCUAAGCUGACAUCCAUGCCUCUGUGUCCAUCUGUUGAAGAUCUGUAUUUGGAAGAAGUUGAUGCGAGGGAGUUAACUCAACAACUAAUGAAAAAGGCGAUGACGACGACAUCCGCAUUAACACAAGAAAGCCGCCUAAUUGCAACAGUUGCAGCCUCCUCCUCCUCCAGCUUUUCUCUUCCUUCAUCUGCUUCUUUCAUCUCAUCAUUCCCUUUUUCCAAUUUGAGGUCUCUGUAUAUAAGAGGAAUUGGGGAUCUGGAAUCUCUGCCAGAGGAGUGGCCUCGAAACCUCACUUCUCUUCAGAGUUUGGGCAUUGAUGGGUGCCCUAGGCUACUGACCUUGGGAGAUGAAGAAAGAUUCAGAGGCCUCACCUCUCUGCAGUCUCUCUAUAUUUUAGAAUGUGAUGGUCUGAAGGCUUUGCCUCUUCAUGCUAUUCAACAUCUAAUUUCCCUGGAGGCCCUCGAGAUUAAAUAUUGCAAAGAGAUGGAAUUGUCAAAUGAUGAUGGUGAUGGUGAUGAUGAAGAUGAUAAGCAAUGGGAGAACCUCAACAAGAGCCUCAGUUCAGUGAAAAUUGCAGGAAUUCCAAAGAUGGUGUGUCUCCCUAAGUGGCUUCAGCAUUCCACAUCUCUGUGUUAUCUCUAUAUUUCACGAUGUGAUUGUCUGAAGGCUUUGCCUCUUCGUGGUAUUCAACAUCUAAUUUCCCUGGAGGUCCUUGAGAUUCUAUAUUGCAAAGAGUUGGAAUUUUCUAAUGAUGAUGAUGAUGAUGAUGAAGAUGGCAAGCAAUGGGAGAACCUCAACAAGAACCUCUGUAAAGUGAGAAUUGGAGGAAUUCCAAAGAUGGUGUGUCUCCCUAAGUGGCUUCAGCAUUCCACAUCUCUGCAGAAUUUAUGCAUUCAUGAUUGCCCUGGUUUGAGGAAUUUACCGGAGUGGAUGGGCAACCUCACCUCAUUUCAAGAGCUUCAUCUAUGUGAAUGCCCCCAACUAGAAUCACUGCCAGAUUGGAUGUGUUCCCUUACCACUAUGCAAUUUCUCCAUAUUUACAGCUGCCCUAUCUUAGAAGAGAGAUGCAAAAAGGACACUGGGGAGGAUUGGCCUAAGAUUGCUCACAUCCCGCCUUUUUCAAGAGAAACACUGUGAUAUUAAUAACAUUAUAGAUUCAUUUCUUUUUUAAUUUCUUUUUUUUUUUUCCAAAUAAAAGUCUUAUCUAGACAAAACAUGGCUCCACAAAUUUCACUUACUAUUUUAAUGAUUAGAUUCAUUCUAUGCAGAGUUUUGCAGCAGGACUCAUGAGGGUACCCUCCUUUACUAAGAUAGGAAAAGGAAGAUUUCCUUUUACCGUUGAAGAACCCAUAAUAUUUGAUCCACUAGGCUUUCAUUAUGUCUUCAGUAUCUAUGGCAUUUUGUGAGAUAGAGACUUGCGGGCUCAACUUCAUUCCUUCCAAGUAUUGAUUGCUUACGCGCCCCCAACAUUUCUUUAGGGGAAAAACCCUAUUGAACAUUUUUUUUAGGAAAGUAAUUCUUUUUAAUUGAACGAUCAUGGUUAUUUGUAUCAACUAGCAGAUUUCAGAUUCAGUGGCUGUUUGUAAUAUAUAAGAGAAUAACUAAAAAUUGCAUGGUUAUAUUGCUGCAAGUUCUGAAUCUAUUGCAGCAAGCUCAAAUCUUUUGCAUCUCCAGCAUGACCGUCAGGCUUAAAUUAUAUUUUCUGGAUUUCAUUAUUA